AAAAGAAGACUCCGCUGGUUACCCAACUUGCUUGAUUUGAUUCAGCCUACCUAUUUUCAUUCCCCUACUGCCCAUCCCUCCUGUACCGUCGUGCUGCCCGACACGUCCACCACUAUCCUCCGUACAGAAAUACAGGCCAGCCAGAGGACCUAGCAACUCCCCUGUCCGCAAAAUCGUUCAGCCACUGGGUCCUGACCGUUCCAAUCCAAAUCUCCGCUCAAACCCCUCCGGGCCAAUAGUCGUCAGAGAAGUCCACCUCUGGUCUCUCUGACAGGACAAGGUCGCUCCAAACGAUUAUUUAGAACACCUGUUUUGGAAAACCACCUUACCCUCACCGCCCUCCCUGCCUGCGUCGGAGAUUUCGCGGCCUCCCGCAUCUCUCACGCCCUUCCUUUUCUCAAACUAAUAUAAGGUAUUCUUCACGUCGAGGAGCACCUUACGCUCCAUAAUCUCCUUGAACACGAUAUUAUAGCAACAUGAGCGACAUUGCUGAACGAAUUGCUGCGGCACGGAAAGAGGCCGAGUCCUUGAAGGAAAGAAUCAAGCAAAAGAAGGAUGCUCUUGCGGAUACAACACUCAAGGCUGUUGCCGCUGAACUGGAGCCGCUACCUCGGAUAGUAAUGAAAGUCCGACGCACAUUGAAGGGCCAUCUCGCAAAAAUCUAUGCCAUGCAUUGGGCUUCUGACAAGCGACACUUAGUGAGUGCAUCGCAGGACGGUAAACUUAUUGUGUGGGAUGCCUACACCACAAACAAAGUCCACGCGAUUCCUCUCCGUUCUUCCUGGGUGAUGACCUGCGCCUACGCGCCCUCAAGCAAUUACGUCGCCUGUGGUGGUCUGGAUAAUAUUUGCUCCAUUUACAAUUUGAAGACAAAAGAAGGCUCAGUCAAGGUUGCACGCGAGCUCAGCGCGCAUACCGGAUAUCUUUCCUGCUGUAGGUUCAUUAGCGAUCGUCAGAUUCUUACGAGUUCUGGUGAUAUGUCCUGCAUGCUUUGGGACAUUGACGCGGGCAUGAAAACUCUUGAAUUCACCGAUCACACGGGUGACGUCAUGUCGCUUUCUCUCUCACCGGACAAGAACAUUUUUGUCUCUGGAGCUUGUGAUGCUACGGCCAAGGUGUGGGAUAUCCGAACGGGGCGCUGUGUGCAGACCUUCACUGGUCAUGAGUCUGAUAUUAACGCUGUUCAAUUUUUCCCCAACGGUGACGCCUUUGGUACUGGAUCCGACGACGCCUCUUGCCGUCUCUUCGAUCUCCGUGCCGAUCGCGAGUUGAACCAGUACACUCACGACAAUAUUCUCUGCGGUAUUACAUCCGUCGCGUUCUCCAUCUCUGGUCGCCUGCUCUUUGCAGGCUACGACGAUUUCAACUGCAACGUGUGGGAUACUUUGAAGGGAGAGCGGGUUGGUGUCUUGGCCGCUCAUGAGAACCGUGUCUCUUGCCUUGGUGUGUCUUCCGAUGGAAUGGCAUUGUGCACAGGCAGUUGGGAUAGCUUGUUGAAGAUCUGGGCUUAGGGGCUCGCGUUAUAUUGGCCUCAGUAAUCUGGGAGUUUUGAAAAUUGUUCGAAGUGGAGGGCCAGUCUGUAGGUUCUCGAGUAUUGCGAUAUACCUGCGGCAAGCAAAAGUACUUUUUGUAGAGCAUAAUAUGCACCAUCUUCAUUCCCUUGUUUUACAUGUGAACAAUUGUCCGUUGUCUUAUGG